GUGGGUCCUUUCCACGUCAAAGCUAUGUGUGUUUCUCCGAAAGCCUCAUCACUACAGCGAAACCUUAAUGAACUUUCUUUGUUUAUACCUAUUAUUACCGACGUUGAAACAUACGUGGAAACAACACACACGUAGGUGCCCACGUGCGCGUGCUUGUGUGUAUAUAUAUAACAUAACACGUACAUAGACCUCUCAAAGUGUGAGAAGAAGAAGAAAAAAAAAGAUGGACUGCAGAAAACACAAGCACCAAGGCAACAGAGGAGUAUGCCCUUCUUGUCUAAGAGACAAACUCUCUCGUUUACCUAAUACAACGACGUCGUACUACGUCAUAAACCGAUCUGAUUCCUCAUCCACAACCGUUUCCUCUUCUCCGUCUUCACCGGUUAAGGAACUCCACCGUAGAGCUGGUUCCAUGUCUAUGUCGUUCGCUGUGAGGGAAGCGUUGAGUGGUCAACUUGUUGAAGGAUUAAAGAAAAGCAGAUCUAUGGCUCAUGCUACGAGAGAUUCUUAUAUCGUUAGGUCAUCCAAGAAGACGUCGACGGAGAAGCUAAAAGCCACGACGGUGAAGAAGACUGGAUUCUGGAAGAAGUUGCUUCAUCUCAAAGGAAAGGGUGGUGGCGUCAACGUCGGAGGAGGAUUGGUUACGUCACGGCAAAGAGUGUAUUAAAUUAUCAAAUUUAGUUUGUUUUUUUUUUAUUGAAUUUUCAGUUUGACAUGUACAGCUACAGAUUGAAAUAAGUAAAAUAAUGAUAGUUACGUUACGUACGUAAGAUGUACUUAAACGCUAUGAAGUUUCCUGGGAUUUGACCAACGAAUCCGCGUUUUUUGAUCAUAUCUUCAAGUUUUAUUCUUUUACUUUUCUUCGCAAGCCACAUAUGACUCAUCUAACGUGUCAUUUUUCAUUUUCCUUUAUUGGUUGACAAGUAUGAAACCCAUGUGUAACAAAUGCUUAAUGUGAAAGUAUAUGAGAAGUUUAAAGAAAAACAUAUAAGAUGUGAUAGGUUGGACUGUAGGAGUUAUAAUUAACUUUAAUUUGUAACUAUAAUAUUAAAUUAACAAUUAUGCUUUAUAUUGAUUUUUAAUUUACAGUCA